AUGAUGACAGAUCGGACUCCAAUAAAAUCCCAUGCAGCUUUUUCAAUUCACUACGAGUCAUCGUCAGAGAGCAGCAGCGAUGGAUUUCGCCUCAAUUCCGCGUCAAGUUCCGAAACUAUUCGGCCUUCCACAGCUGGUUCCUCGACAGAAACCCUGAAGCCAGAAAACGAAGAAUCUUCGAUGACCCCUUCGCGUCAGGAAAUUCUGCUCUCAGGGUCCGACUGGUCGCAAGACAGACAUUCUGACUUUUCAACAGGCACUUCGGGUUGGUCCUCAAUCGAUGGAGAUUACGAUUGUGAUCGAAAAGCUGCGUUGACGGUGACAAAAUGCUUGGUUACGAUAGAUAAAUUAUUGUUCGGAGAAGAAAUCAACAACGAAGAGCAGCAGUUUGUUUCUGAAGAAGUCAAGGAAGAAUGCAAAUUAUGGAGAGAGAAUUUUACGUAUUUACGGCUCUCUGGAAACAGAAUCUGCCCCUCUCGAUCGACUGACGGGCUCGAAUACUUCCCCCGAUCAGGAGCAGCCGUAGAAGACGACCCUGAUGAAGAAAUCGAUCUUCCUCCAGUCGAAAUUCAGCCAACAAAAUCUGCCGAAUUCGAUCAAUCGUCUUUUCAAAAGCCGGACAUGUCCUUGAAUCUCGAAGGAAAACGAAUGAUUCCAAAGGUGCCAGCUGCUAACGCGACUUAUGCCGAAGAAGUUAUCGAAAGUCAUGGAAUUGUGGAAGAAUUGAUAGCGUCGGAUAGAAAUCAAAUUGCAGUGAAAGUGAAGAAACGACCGAAAAGCUCCAGCGGAAAAAUCGAAUACUACCCGAUCAAAUACCCCGACCCACUAACGCCCGAAGGUGUUCCGAAUACUCGGGUGAUUUACGAGCGGCCAAAUCCUCCCGCUCGAGCAGCAACAGUCCUCUCAAAUGCGCCAAGUACUUCGAGACCAUUUCAGUCGACGAGAAAUGCUUCUAGAGCUAGUGGUGACUAUCGAGGCCAGUUCAAACAGAAUCAAGAGAAAGAAAUCCAGCUGCAAGAAAUGAUGCAAAAAGGAAUCAGCUCACUGAAAGUCAAGGGCUCAUCUCACUCCCUAGACUCAAGACUGAAUAUCAAUCGAGAAGCAACAGAUGUUUUUCCUUCAUUGAAAAUGAAGGAAUCAUUCCUGAACCGCCCAGCAACGACACAAUCUCGACAAAGAGAAGGCUCUAGAAAUCAAUCGAGACCGAAUAAUCGAGUUCCUUUGAAAAAGCAUCGUCUUGAACCGCUCGCUCCGAAAAGUCGACUCCAAUCACGCCAAAAUUACGAUAGCAGAGGCCUUGACCAGCUCAUGGGCCAUUCUAUCAGCCAAAAAGAACUGUCAAAAAGCUAUUCGUCGAUUGAGAGCCGCGUUUCUCCAACAAACAACACCUCUUCCUCGCGUCUCUUUUCCCGACCUUCGGAUACUCUCGUGCGCAUUCCCGAAUCCCGACCGGAUACCCUUAACGAUUAUCCAAUCAAGCACAGUGUUUCUUCGCGACUAUACGACCACUCUUCAGAACGAGCAAACUUUUCCCAGGCGAGUCGGAGACAACCCCUGACGAUAGCAAAUCAAGUUUCAAAGAUGAAUAUCAUCCAAGGAAUCGAAGGAAAACCGCCACCAAAGCAGAAGUACCACUACCACCACCGCCAUCAUCACAUGUGA